AUGUCAUUACAUAUCUCCCGCACCGUGCUGCGGCAUUCUGCGAAGCUUCCUGGACGAGCGGCACGAAGAUUUGAAUCUACCUCCACUAAGGCCAGCGAAGCAGCAAAGGAUACCGCCUCAAAAGUAUCAGAGAAAGCAUCAGAAUUUCAGUCGAAAGCUAGCGAGGGUCUUUCUCGUGUCUCUUCGACCGCAGGACCUGCUAUUGCGGGUGCUGCCAAAACCAUUGGAAAUGCCCUAGGGAAAGUUGGAGGAAGGACCGGAAGAUUGAUUGCCUUCAUUGAGCGACAAAUCCCACCAACCGUCUAUUAUGCUCGUGUAGGAUUAGAGCUUUCCAAAUUAGUUAUCCAAGGCCAAAAGAUGUCCCUUCCACCAGCCUCAACGUUCCAAUCAUACUUCCAAAGAGUCGUUAAAGGUAUUCAAUCCGGAAACCCUCAGUCUGCUUUCAGUUCCGCGGCAAACUCUAGCACAGCAACACCUACCAAUCUGCUUGAACAGAUCCGAAGUAUCACCACAACCCAAUUGGUUUCAGGUGGUGUUGUAUUCGCCGAGGUAUUGGGAUUCUUCACAAUUGGUGAGAUGAUCGGUAGAAUGAAGUUGAUUGGGUACAGAGGUGAUACCGGAGCUCAUCACUGA